GUUUUUUGCGCUCAUGUUAACCUCUAAAAUAUGGAAUCAAAAAAGAUGGAUGAAAAUAUCCUCAAAAGACCGUUGAAUGAUGAUAACCCCAAUUCCAAUAAAAAAACUUGUAUUGAUUUGGAUAAGGAUAAUAAGCCGACCAAAGCUUACAAUAGUGAUGAAUAUCCUGAAACUACAUUAGAAAACUCAAAUGAAAAUAUGUUGGAAAAACCUGAACUUUUCAAUGGUGUAGAAAUUUCCAAGUUGACUAAAAGGCAACAUAAGAAGUACAUGAAAAUGUUGAAAUGGCAAGAAGUUAAGAAGGAGAAAAGAGCCAAAGAGAGAUUAAAGAUGAAGGAAAAACGAGAACAUGCAAAAUUAAAUAACAUUGAUUUAGGUCCUAGUAGAAAGGAAUUGAAACGUAUGAAAAUGGCUGACAGUCCUUGUAAAAUAAGUGUGUGCCUGGACCUCAGUUUUGAUGAUUUGAUGAUAGAUAAGGAUAUGGCAAAAGCAAUCAAACAAAUUUUACGUGUUUACACUGAGAACAGGAGGGCUAAAGAACCAAUGCAAUUGCACCUUACCAGUUUUAAUGGUAAAAGUAAAAGUGAAAUGAGCAAGCAUCAUGGGUAUGAAAAUUGGGACUUGAAUUUCCAUAGUGAAGAUUAUAUGGAAGUUUUCCCAAAAGAUAAAUUAGUAUAUCUUACCAGUGAAAGUGAUAACUUAAUUAGUAAAUUAGAGUCAGAUAAAGUAUAUAUCAUUGGGGGUCUUGUAGAUCAUAACUUUCAUAAAGGUGUAUGUUAUAAAAAAGCUUUAGAACAAGGGAUUGCUCAUGCGCAAUUACCUAUAAGCGAAUAUUUUUGGAUGAAGCAUCGAAAAGUAUUUACAAUAAAUCAAGUUUUUGAAAUAUUGUUGAGGGUAAGUGAAGGCAAAAGUUUCAAGGAAGCAUUUGAAAUGAUUUUACCAAAAAGAAUAAACAUGCAACCAUCAAUCAAAAGUGACUCAGAAGUGGAAAAGAUUGAGGAACCCAUUGAGUUGAGUUCGUGAUCAAUUGUACAUACUUUUAAUAUUUGAUUCUAGCAAUAUAUUUAAUAAAGUUUUUAUUAUU